GUGAUAUGGCGUUGAUUUGGUGUUGAUUUUGCCACCUGCAUUUUCCCUUGAAUUUCUUCCAUUUUUUCCCGGUGCGACAAUGGCUUCUAGGCCACACAAACAAGUCUGAUCAGUCUCGCGAUGGCUUUUAAUAUCGGCUCUUUGGUCAGCUUGUAUCGUUCGGGGCGACGCCACAUGUUGUCAUUCGCCCCGAUCCUUGCAGGACUGGCUUGGCCGCCCGUGUGCUGGGGGAGUGAUGCGGAUCCAACAUUUCGGGACUCGGAGUGUGUUUGGGGCAAGCCUUGCGUGUCUUUCCUUUCUCGCAUUCGAGGUCGUUCACAAAGUGUAUUCUCUUUAUGGGGCAUUCGCGCAAGGUCGUUUCUGGGCCUGGACAGACGAGCCCUCGGGUGGGUGGGUGGCGUCAGAGGCGCGUCUGACUCGCGAAUUUACCAAAGGGUUUAUUGGUGGGAUGGGAAUGGAGGCAAACGAGAGCAUGAAUGUUUAUGGAUGGGAACUCGAAAUGGACUUGACGAAUCUAUCAUGGGCCAAAAGACGACGGACUAUUUUCUUGAACCCCACAGGAUCUGACACCGACCCUUCCCUCUCCUUGACCGCACCACGUUGUUGCAUGCACUUUUCGCCAUUGACGGCGUCGAGAACCAUGAACAGCGCAUAUGGUUGAGUGUUUGCAAGCCGUUGAAGAAGGGACGAGGACGAGGCGGAUGAGGACGAGGUGGAGGAGGCGAAAUAGGUGGAGAAGGGCGGGAUCGUGUAUGAUAUAACAGCUUCUUCCAUUUUAUAGAAGAAAUUUCCUUGAUUCAAGAAUUAAUGUGAAAUGGGGUAUUAUCCCUCAACUACGGUAUGGAGCGC